GCCAUGAAACGAUCGCAUGCACAUGAACAGAAUCAUGUUUUUGAAAACGUGUCAGAUCCUGGUACUGACCGAGAGGAUAAGCUGCAGGGCAAGCGACAGCGGCGUUUAUCGAGUUUGCAGGACGAAAAACAGGGGGGCACGGGUAUUCCAUGCGAUGGAGUAAAUACCGUUGAUCCUCCGGCAGACGACGAACUCGUUGACCUUGUCCUCUCUGAAGUUCACAUCAACCCCUUGAAUGGUCCCGCGCAAAACGACGGCCAAAACCGGCGACGGACCGUAUUUAGGCUGAAGCCGGAAUCUCGCAUGUCUGGCACAUCGCCUCUCAUUAUAGAGCACGAGAUGGCGACCCCACUCUCGCGCGUUGGCCUUCAAGUAUGGUCUGGCGCUCUCCUAUUGUGUGACUAUAUCUUGUCUCAGUCCGACAAUAUUUUUACUCCGGAAACUAUUGUUUUGGAACUUGGAUGUGGGACUGGGUUGGUUGCCGCCGUAGCCGGGAGAGCGUGUGGAAGAGUCUAUGCCACGGAUUUGGACAGCUUGGGUGUUUUGGACCUUUGCUGUAGGAACCUGGAGCUGAAUGAUGUCAAGGAUAGGGUGAAAGUGAAGCAAUUGGAUUUAUUGGAUAAUCAAUGUCCUUUGUUCAAGGAGUUUGAUACCUCGAACGAUAUUGACCGAGCGCCAAUUUUGAAUGCCGUAGACUCUGGACCAUAUUGUUGGACGAGUGCUGAUGUUCAAGACUUUAUGGCAAAUUGCACAAUUCUAUUGGCUGCCGACAUAAUUUACGAAGACACAGUCACGUUUGCUCUUGUUCAACGAUUGUGGACACUUCUCUCUCCGACAACCAACAAUCAACCUCGCAUUCUCUAUCUCGCCCUUGAAAAGCGUGUCCAGUUUUCGCUCGAUGAACAGGAGGUCACGGCUCCCGCGCGCGAUUACUUCCUGGAGACGUUGAAAGCUUCCAACGCUGAUCGCGGAGAAGCAAAUGUCCCGGAGAGAAUUGUUGCGAAAAUGAUGGACAUUGAUAGGAUUCCUCACAUAUUGCAAUAUGAGAGGACAAAAGAAUUAGAGCUCUGGAGCCUCACAUUGGAGAGGAUUGAAUCUGAGGGCUGACGCGGUGGAAUUGCUACGGAUACUCUGCAGCAAGAAAAAGACCUGUCGCAUGCUGCCAUUGGAAUUAGAUAAUUUAAUAUAUACAAAAUGCAUGGAUCCCGA